AGUAACAUUUCAUCACGCAUUUAAUAAUGUAUUUGUUAAUGAAGACAAUGUACAUGUGGUUAAAGACACCCAGUUGUAAACUUGGUUAGGUGGUAAAACAACAUUUAAGCUGGCGGUACAAUUUGCAGAGACAUUGCACUUCACUGCUGAAAAAAAACUUGUGAUAUAGCAUUGGCAGUGGUGCACAAGGACACGUGAGCAAAACUGAACAAAUUGGUCAAUAACACUGCUCUACAAGGAAUGUUUUUUAUAAUAGGUGACUUUUUGGACAAUAGCCAUUCUUGACAGCAAACAGAUCAUCAUAUAUCCUUGUUUAGAUUCACCUACUCAAGCAAACACUGCAAGAAUACAUCUUAUACAGUUGCAUUUAACUGGCACCCCACAUGGUAAUGCGGAUAACCCGGUGAAAUGUAUGUGUACUAUUUACAAGAUGGACAAGGGAAAAUUCUGCACAUCAAUUUCCUCGUGUAAAGCAGCAGUACGUAUGCUGCAAUGUGCGUUCACAGGCGCAAAGUACGAGUACAUUCUAGUGGAGAGGAAAGGAGAGGGCAACAGCGUGGGCUUAAUACAGCUCAACCGGCCUAAGGCCCUCAACGCGCUGUGCGAUGGCCUCAUGUUGGAGCUCAAUAAAGCCCUUGAGUUGUUCGAAGCGGACUCGGGCGUUGGGGCCAUCGUGAUCACUGGCAAUGAGCGUGCCUUCGCCGCGGGGGCCGACAUAAAGGAGAUGCAGAACCGAACAUUCGCCGAGUGCUUCGGUGGGAACUUCCUGUCGCACUGGAAUCGCGUCGCCCAGACCAAAAAGCCCGUCAUCGCAGCCGUGAAUGGAUUCGCGUUGGGAGGAGGCUGCGAGCUGGCCAUGAUGUGUGACAUCAUCUACGCUGGGGAAAAGGCCCAGUUUGGGCAGCCUGAGAUUGCUCUUGGCACCAUACCCGGGGCGGGCGGCACGCAGAGGCUCACCAGAGCGGUCGGAAAAUCGUUGGCCAUGGAGAUGGUGCUCACCGGAGACCGGAUCUCAGCCCAGCAAGCCAAAGAAGCAGGGCUCGUCAGCAAGGUGUGCCCACCCGAUCAGCUGCUGGGAGAGGCCGUGAAGCUGGGAGAGAAGAUCUCGCGCCACUCCAAGCUCGUCAUCUCCAUGGCUAAGGAGGCCGUCAAUGCUGCAUUUGAGCUCUCACUGGCAGAAGGAAACCGUCUUGAGAAGAGAUUCUUCCAUGCCACCUUUGCAACCGAUGAUCGCAAAGAAGGAAUGAGUGCAUUCGUGGAGAAGAGGAAAGCUACUUUCACUGACCAAUGAUCUCAAUUGCCAAUAUUGUGUUUUCAAAAGAACUUGGUCAUCAUCUGGUACAUGCCAAUCGAAUUGUAUUUGUCGUUUGGAUAUGCGUAAACAAAAUAUCAACGUGCACAUAGAAUUUUUGAGCACUUUGUCCGUUGUAAAACUACAGUAAGAGUUUCAAAAGUCUUUGACGUCAAAACACAAACUUCGUGCUGUUACGGCAUUCACAUUUAUACAAUUAUGAUUGUACAUGUAUAGCCCUUUCUCAACCCAUUGCUGGAUGAGACCACCACUAUGCUAUGUGAGUCGUAGGGGAUAUUUCACUAUACAGUACUUCAGCGUGCUUAAUAGUGAGGGUUGUUGAAGGGGGCAGCAUAGAAGGAUCAUAAAGAAUAGUCCAAAAAUGGAUUUUGCUGAACUCCCUUCUGCUGCCUACCAUGUAGCCCCAUACUCUAUAACACUAAUUUGCAUGGUGGUCACCCACCCAUGCAUUAUCGAGGCUCAACUCAGCUUAUAGCUUCUGAGCUGAGAUCAGGAGCAUUCUGGAUGAUUUGGUCAUAGGCCAUGUCAUGAUUACAGGAACAAACAUCAGGAAUUAAAUGUAAAUCUGUGCCUAUAUUUUGCUGUUCAUCAUUAUAAUAAAGGUAAGAUGAAUACUCGUA